AUGGAGACCUUGUACUCCCAAACCCUCUUUGCGUCUCGAUAUUUCCACCCCUACAUUGAAAGAUUCCGCCCAGCAUCUACGGUAGAUGGUGUGGCCCUAAUUUUCUUCAUCCUCGUUACCUUCGGAUAUCUCACUCGAGGCCAGCUCUGGGAAAAGCCUGACCCACACUAUGCUCUCUAUUUCGAAAGGCCUCAGCAACUAGAUGGUGGCUUCAGCACUACCCAGCCUUCCCGAAACAUUGCCCAGCGUCUUGAAGAGGGCAAUUACCAAGCCGUCAUUUUCUGGGGAUCCCAAUCGGGCACCUCGGAACGAUUCGCUGAAGCUAUCGCGCGCGAAUGCCUGGCGCACUUCGGUCUCCUUGCACUCGUUGCCGAUGCCUCCGAUUACGAUGCGGAAACCAUUUCUCUCAUACCGAAGGCUAAGUUCGCGAUAUUUAUCCUCAGCACAUAUGGUGAGGGUGACCCGAGCGAUAACACCGCCGGGCUAUGGGAAUGGAUUAAAACUGUCAAGGAGAAGAAUUUGAGACUUGACAGCCUGCGCUACAUUGCACUUGGACUUGGUAACAGCAACUAUAAGCACUACAACCGAGUUGUUGAUGUCGUGGCCGACGCGUUUGAUGUGGCAGGCGCAACGCCAUUAAUUCCAAGAAGAAAAGCAGACGAUGCGCAAGGUGGAACGGAAGAGGACUUUCUGGCCUGGAAAGAUGGCAUGUUUGAUCUCUUCAAGAUGAUGGGUUAUGAGGAACAGAGCGCUGACUACCGAGCGACAAUGGACGUGACGUUCUCAGUCUCCGCAGCCAUAAGUGAGGAGAACCAAUUUGGCAUUCUAUCGCAUUAUCAACAAUCCUCGACUUGCUCGGCCAUCGUACCGUUGGUUGUGAAGAAUUCUAGAGAAUUAUUCACGGCCGGAGAACGAAACUGCGUGCACAUGGAGCUCGAUCUAGCUAACCAUCCCAGUAUCCACUACAAGACGGGGGAUCAUGUGGGUGUCUGGCCAGUUAAUCCGGAAGACGAAAUCGAUCGGUUAUUGGAUGCUCUCGGUCUUCAGGAGCGACGAUGCGAAACGGUAAUAAUAACUCCAUCCAAAGAGAAUACAAGAUUCAAAAUCCCUUCUCCAACUACGCUGGAGACGGUUUUCCGGCAUUAUCUCGAGAUUUGCGCUCCCGUACCUCGGAAGGUUCUAGUGGAUCUUGCCCAAUUUGCUCCGGACGCGGCGUCCAAGGCAAUGGUCAUGGAGAUAGGACGAGAUCGUCAGCGAUAUGCGCAGUUGAUAUCCAACACACAUAUCACGCUUGCACGUCUCUUGCAAAUUGUUAGCCCACUAGAAUCUUGGAUCUCGCUUCCCCUGUCAUUCGUGCUGGAGUGUCUGCGUCCUAUGCAGCCGAGAUAUUACUCCAUCUCUUCGAGCUCAGUCAUAUCACCUCGCAAAGUUGCUGUCACGGCGUUAGUCGUGAAUAAAACGGCCGCAGGACCGCCAGAGUCCAUAAUCUAUGGCUUAACAUCAAACUACAUCCUCUCGGCCGGAAGGAUUCCUUCGAACUCUGCCCAUCGUAUUCCGCGAUACCAACACAUCAACAUCGCAGAGAGUGCCGGAAGCAAUAAAGUGCUUGCACACAUUCGAAAAUCAAAAUUCAAGCUGCCAAUCACUUGCUCGACGCCACUCAUCCUCGUCAGCGCGGGGACUGGGCUUGCUCCGUUCCGUGCCUUCAUCGCGGAAAGGGCAAAGCUCCACGUUGUUGGAAAGCCAACUGGAAGGAUACUUCUGUUCUUCGGGUGUCGUGAUGCGGAGUCCGAUUUUAUAUACAAAGGUGAGAUAGAGAAGGCAAAGGAAGGGUUAGGAGACAUGCUAGAGAUUUUCACUGCGUUUUCUAGAGCGGGCAAACAAAAGGUGUAUGUGCAGGAUCGAGUCGCAGAGCACAGUGGGAGGGUACUAGAAGUGCUAGAAGCGGGCGCAAAUUUUUACGUAUGCGGCAAAGCUAGUAUGGCGCGCGAAGUCGAUAUGCGGAUCGAGGAAGCCGCGAAACUAUCGAAAGGGCUGAGCGAUCAGGAAGUGAAAGCUUGGAUAGAUGGAUUGAAGAAACGUGGCAAAUGGAAGGUAGAAGUUUGGGGUUGA